AUGGAGAUCAGUGACCCAAUCAUCAUUGAUGCGGGCAAAGCUAAACUGACAGCAGGAACAACAACUACUGUGUCAGUAGGAGACAGAGUGACACUGAUCUGCUCUGUGGAGAAAUCUACUGGUUGGAAAUAUGAGUGGUUCAGAGGAACCUCAUAUUUAUCUGAAUACAGAAUAAAUGGUGGAGAAAAUGGAGAAAUCAGAGUCUCACAAGGAGGAAUCUACAGAUGCAGAGGAUUUAGAGGAGAACCAGCCAUCUACUCUGAUACCAGUGAUGAAGUCAACAUUUACAUAACCUUUCCCAACAAAGUCAUCGUGACACAGAAACCCAGCUGGUCUCAGAUGUUCAGAGGAGAGACGAUCACUCUGACAUGUGAGGUUCAGGGAGGUGAAGGAGUUCAGUGGGAGUAUCAAUGGAGAACUCCUCAGUCACAGAGAUACAGGACUAACAGGAAAGACUGGACUAUCACAGCUUCCAUCAGUGGAGAAUACAGCUGUAAGAGCAGAUCCACAUAUGAUUCAUAUUCUUCAACAAACUGGAGUGAAGCUCUAAAAUUAUCUGUUUCAGGUAAGAAUGUCAUUUUUAACCAAAUGUAAAAUUAUUUUUGUUUUCUUUUGCCUUUAACAAAAAUGACCAUUAGAGCUUGGAGACAUUCUACUGUUAACUAUGUGAACUAUUUUUUAAAUAAACAAAAAUAUAAGUUUAAUCAAUACCAAUAAGGCCAAAAAAUUAUUCAGUAAAAUAUAGUUUUGUUACAACAUUCAAAAAGCACAACAUUAUAAAAAUUCAUUAGAACUUAAAAGAAAAUGAAGUU